GCAUUAGUCUUAGGAACCUGAGUUUCCCUUUCCUUAAAUACUGUUAUUUAUGUCACGGAAAUAAAAACCUUAGAUCAGGUCCUUAUUAUUUUACAAAAGAGGACUUGGAUUAACAUAGUAGUCAUAGUCAAACAGAUCUGACCCUCCUAAGAAAACCCCACAAAAGCAAAGAGCAAAAUGAAGAAUAGUCUGAGAGGAAGAAGAAGAGGGGAAACGGAGGGGGGGGAGGUAGACGACGAAUGAGAGGGAGAAGAAAAUUAGAGCAGUUUGGCAGUGAAGAGAGAGAGACAGAGAGAGAAAAGAGCAUUUGCAGGGAGAGAGAGAGAGAGAGAGAGAGAGAGAGUGAGAUCCAAUCUGAGGGGGGAAGACUCGAAAGGUAGCGAUGAAGAAACAAUCAGCGUCGGCAUCAGCAUCAGCAUCAACGAGAAGUGUAUCAGUCCUCCCCUACCAAACCCCAAGACUACGCGAUCACUAUCUGCUGGGCAAGAAGCUCGGCCAAGGCCAGUUCGGUACCACCUAUCUCUGCACUGAAAAAUCCUCAGGCACCCUCUUCGCCUGCAAGUCAAUCCCCAAGCGCAAGCUCUUGUGCAAAGAAGACUACGACGAUGUCUGGCGAGAGAUUCAGAUAAUGCACCAUCUAUCCGAGCACGCCAACGUCGUCCGCAUCAAGGCUACGUACGAGGAUGCCGUCUUCGUCCACCUCGUCAUGGAGCUCUGCGCCGGCGGCGAGCUUUUCGAUCGGAUUGUGCAGAAGGGCCAUUACAGUGAGCGAAAAGCCGCGCAAUUGAUCAAAACCAUCGUCGGGGUUGUGGAGGCCUGUCACUCUCUCGGUGUCAUGCAUAGGGACCUCAAGCCGGAGAACUUCUUGUUUGAUACUCCUGACGAGGAUGCCACGCUCAAGGCCACAGAUUUCGGCUUGUCCGUGUUCUACAAGCCUGGGGAAUUUUUUUGUGAUGUCGUUGGAAGUCCUUACUAUGUUGCUCCUGAGGUGUUGCGGAAGCGUUAUGGACCUGAAGCUGAUGUAUGGAGUGCUGGUGUUAUCCUAUAUAUCCUAUUAAGUGGAGUUCCACCAUUUUGGGCUGAAUCUGAAGCAGGUAUCUUCAGACAGAUUUUACAAGGAAAAAUAGAUUUUGAAUCAGAACCAUGGCCUGCCAUUUCAGAAAGUUCUAAAGAUCUGAUAAGAAAAAUGCUUGAGAGGGACCCAAGAAAAAGACUGUCAGCUCAUGAAGUUUUAUGCCACCCAUGGAUUGUGGAUGAUAGGGUUGCACCAGACAAACCUCUCGAUUCUGCAGUUUUGUCACGUCUGAAGCAGUUCUCGGCAAUGAACAAACUUAAGAAGAUGGCUUUGCGCGUAAUAGCAGAAAGACUUUCAGAAGAAGAAAUUGGUGGUUUAAAAGAGCUGUUCAAAAUGAUUGACACAGACAACAGUGGGACAAUAACAUUUGAGGAACUAAAAGUGGGUCUGAAGAAAGUAGGUUCGGAGCUAAUGGAGUCUGAAAUUAAAGCUCUUAUGGAUGCGGCUGAUAUUGACAACAGUGGAUCCAUAGAUUAUGGUGAAUUUCUUGCUGCUACUUUGCACAUGAAUAAGAUUGAGAGAGAGGAGAAUUUGAUGGCAGCCUUCUCUUUUUUUGACAAAGAUGGUAGUGGUUACAUAACCAUUGAUGAGCUUCAACAGGCUUGCAGCGAGUUUGGUCUAGGAGAUGUUCAUCUGGAUGAUAUGAUCAAAGAAAUUGAUCAAGACAAUGAUGGGCGUAUAGAUUAUGCGGAGUUCACGGCAAUGAUGAAGAAGGGCGAUGGAGGAGCGGGAAACAGAACCAUGAGAAACAAUUUGAACUUUAACUUGGCAGACGCCUUUGGAGUCGAGGAUACAAGCUGAGAUAUUAUUGAUGACGCCUUUGGAGUAAAGGAGACAAGCUGAGAUACUGAUCCAUAGCAAUCUCAUGUAUAAUAUUGUGAAAGAAGCAAUUGUAGAAGCAAGGCAACGGUUAGAUUGGAUGGUGGAAACUUCAUGCUCCGAACUUUAAAUUUGUGCCAAACUGAUGUUUUAUUCUUUCUGGAGAUUUAACAAUGAGGUUUUAUCAAAAGCUAAUUUACCUUUUUUGUUGUGUCAUGACUAAUUCCUAUGUAUCCGUGAUAAUGAUUUUUAAGUUUUUAACAUAUGAUUUAAUUUGACUAGAAAAA